GUCGCAUUUGUGCCGGUUCCGUAUUCACGACAGUUCGUUUCAUGCGGUCUCGCUGACGCACCACUUCUGCUUUCCUCGCAGUCAAACCUUCUCUUUGACUGUGUUGUUGAAUGGGAAAUGACUCGUCCAAAGCGCAUAAAGCGUCAUCAAAAGGAGGAGUAGCUUCAACUUUGGGUAUUCGUGCUGGUCCUUCACAGAGCACUGUUCAGCGACAUAUUGAGAAUGCGAAGAAAAGUAGAAUCCUACAGUUGAAAGGAUGUGGUUUAAAAGCAAUGCCACAAGCCCUUAAUGAACUCUAUGAAGUUAUAAGAAAUUUGGAAUUGAGUCAGAACAAAAUCAAAGAGCUGCCACCAGAUAUAGGAUCAUUUAGAACUUUGAAACAACUUCAUCUUUCCGAAAAUGUUUUGACCGAGCUACCUGACGAAAUCGGCUCACUUAGCAAUCUUGAGAUAUUGAAUGUUCAGUCGAAUAAGUUGACAGCAGUGCCGGACUCGAUAGUGGGGUGCACAUCAUUGAAAACUCUCAAUCUAUCGGCUAACAAUUUCGCUCAAUUCCCUGUGCCUGUUUGCCAUCUGAUGUCGUUGGAAACGCUCAAUCUUGCUCAAAACACCAUAACGGAACUUCCUGAUGAUAUAAGCUCCAUAAAUGCUUCCGAAGUAAAUCUGAACCAAAAUCGGCUCAAUUUUCUGAAUGCUGAUGCACUGGCUAAGGCCCCUCAUCUCAAGAUUUUGAGGGUUGAAGAGAAUUGUUUAGCGAAGACUGAGUUCACUCCAAAUUUACUUAUACAUUCUACCAUCUCCCCGGUUAUGAAGAGUAUCAGGAACGCUUUACGGCUACUCGACGAAAAAUGUAGCAAUUGUACUCAUAUUCAUGAACUGCUACUUACAUUGAACCAUAUCGCUUGCCAAAUUGACAUCCUAAUUUCUAUAUGUUAUCUUGCUUCCUUGAUCUACUGA